AUGGCUGCCUCAAUACAGCUACUCGCCCACGAAAGCGUCGAUCUAGAGAUUAAGAAGAAAAAGAAGAAAUCAAAAUCCAAGGAGAAGGAAGCCACAGAUGGCGAACCCGAAUCGCAGGACCACCGCCGUGCCUCGAAAAAGAGAAAGCGAGAGGCCCUCCCCGAAGAAAUAGAAAUCGACGUAAAUCUCCCAGAGCCAGUGUCAAAAAAGGCGGCACGAAAAGCGAAGAAGUUGAAACCCUCAGCUAAGGGCGCCGAAGAAUCUUCUGCAGAAGCUAAGACUGAGACUGGAAAGUCUGAGGGUGAUAAUCAGUCUGGUAAACGCUCUGAAUACGGGGUAUGGAUAGGCAACUUGCCAUGGUCCGCUACCAAAGACUCUCUCCGCACAUUCCUCGCCGAGAAUUCCGAUAUCACGAACGAGCAGAUCACUCGUGUGAACAUGCCCGCACCAAGAGAAGCACCGAAUCCGCGAUGGACGACAAAGCCUCUCAACAAGGGAUUCGCAUACGUCGACUUCUCUACACAAUUAGCUAUGUAUUCAGCCAUUGCGCUCACGGAGACAAAGUUGGACGGUCGGCCGCUGCUCAUCAAGAACGCGAACAACUUUGAGGGACGGCCAGAGAAAGCUACAACCGAGCAGGAUGGAUCGGAUAGCAAGACGGACAAGCCUGGUCACCCACCAAACAAAAGGGUUUUUGUGGGCAACUUAGCAUUCGAUGUUACGAAGGAGGACUUGCAAGAGCAUUUUGGACAAUGUGGUGAACUUGUCGACAUACACAUGGCUACGUUUGAGGACUCGGGGAAGUGCAAGGGAUAUGCGUGGAUCACAUUUGACAACGUCGAAGCGGCUACUUCGGCAGUGAAAGGCUACAUCUACAAAUCGGAGUCAAAGAAGGACGAUAACGACAGCUCGGAAGCCGAGUCUAAAGGCCGAGCCAAGGAGAAGAAGCCGCGAAAAUGGUACAUCAACAAAAUUCGAGGUCGAGAUCUCCGUUGCGAGUUCGCAGAAGAUUCCACGACGCGCUAUAACAAGCGAUACGGAAAGGAGAAGAAACCGGAUAUCGAGGGCGUGCAUCCAGACCGCCAGAGGCACUUUGAUCAAGAUGGAGAAAACGAUCGCCCACGUCCGAAGAGACAACCUCACCGCAAAAUUGAUACUCGGACCAUCAAAUCCGGUGCUGCUCAUACAAAUGCUCAAAGGGCCUCGCAGGCCAUUGUGGAGGCUAAGGGAAAGAAGAUUACGUUUGAUUGA